UACUCCCGCUUCAUACCCACCGUCCCAAACAUGCCUUCAUCUUCUUUUUAUCUGCGUUAAGACAAGCGAAGCCCUAAGAAGAACCAUUUUCUUCUUUUUUUAUUAUUUCAAUCCAUUCACACUGCCGAGUUAUUGAAUUUAAUCAGGUUAUUAAAUACUGUAAAUAUCAAGGAAAAAGAAAAGAAAUAUAUUUUUUUUUUUUCUGAAGUAGUGUCUGUGUUUGUUGUUAAAUUUGGGAUCUACGAAUUCAUUGAUAGUUUUUAGGAAGUGGAGAAAAAGAUUGUCAGAAGGAAAUAAAAUGCCGGUAGACCAGGAAGUUGUUCCUCCGAUGGACGAUAAGGCGAAGAGGAUGAGAGAUCUGCUAUCCAGCUUCUACUCUCCGGAUCAUUCUUCUUCUUCGAUUCCCGCCAACACUUCUUCCAGAUUUGCCACGCUCGACACCAUCAAUACCACCUCCUUCGAUCCCGACCAGUACAUGAAUCUUCUCAUACAAAAGUCAAAUGUGGAGGGACUGCUUCAGAGACAUGUCGAAAUGGCUGCUGAGAUAAAGAACCUUGACACUGACUUGCAAAUGCUAGUAUAUGAAAAUUACAACAAAUUUAUCAGUGCCACAGAGACCAUUAAAAGGAUGAAAAACAAUAUUGGGGGCAUGGAAUCAAAUAUGGAAAAGCUGCUUGAAAAGAUAAUGUCGGUGCAAUCUAGAAGUGAUGGGGUCAACACUUCUCUUUUUGAAAAGAGAGAGCAUAUAGAGAAAUUGCAUCGCACACGUAACCUUUUGCGUAAAGUUCAGUUCAUAUAUGAUCUUCCUACUAGACUUGGAAAGUGUAUCAAAUCAGAAGCUUAUGCUGAUGCAGUCAGGUUCUACACUGGAGCCAUGCCAAUUUUUAAGGCGUACGGGGACUCAUCGUUCCAGGAUUGUAAAAGGGCAUCUGAAGAAGCAGUGGCCAUAAUUACAAAAAACUUACAGGGUAAGCUAUUUUCAGAUUCUGAAUCAAUACAGGCAAGGACUGAGGCUGUAAUGCUUCUUAAGCAGUUGGAUUUCCCGGUUGACAACUUGAAGGUGAAACUACUUGAAAAGCUAGAACAGUGCCUUGUGGACCUUAAUCUUGAAUCUAGAGAAAUAAGCAAUGCUUCAGGGAAUCCUGAUGAACCUACAAAACAAGGAAAUCUUUCUGAAUCAGUUCCUGCUACUGUUCAUGCGGCUUCUACACGUGAGUUUGCGGAAGCUAUACGUGCUUGCCGAGUGAUAUUUCCUGAUUCAGAACAGGAACUAAUUAAACUUGUGCAAGACCUAAUUACCAAGCACUUUGAAGCCACUCAACAAUAUAUCAACAAACGGAUUUGUUCGUCAGAUCUUUUGGGAAUGCUUCGGAUUAUUUGGACUGAUGUGGUCCUGAUGGAUGAAGUGUUACCUGAGGCUGCUCUCCCUGAUUUCUUUUUGGAGGCUGCCCAUGUUGCUGUCAAACAGUAUGUUGCUAGCACAUUCUCCCGUCUGUUAAAUGAUAUUUCAGAUGCCCUUAUAAAAGUACAAGGUAGACAGAAGGAGGGAGCAGAAGUAGAAUAUUCUUUGCAAGCUGCACUUGAAUCCAGCAAAAAGGCAGUAAUCCAGGGCUGCAUGGAUGUCUUACUGGAUUUCAGCCAGCUUCUUGACAACAACUUAGGACUGCUAGUGAAGUUGCCAACCUUGAUUAUUGACUGGGUACAAGAAGGAUUUCAAGACUUCUUCAGGAAGCUUGACUAUCACUUCCUCAUACUCUCAGGAAAGAGUAACCCAACCAGUCAAGAUCAAGAUUUGACAGAAGGAAAACAAGGAGACAGAGUUCAUGCUGGGCUAGUUCUUGUGCUGGCUCAGCUUUCUGUUUUUAUUGAACAGAGUGCAAUCCCAAGAAUUACGGAGGAAAUAGCUUCUUCUUUUUCUGGUGGUGGCGUUCGAGGCUAUGAGUAUGGGCCUGCAUUUGUUCCUGCAGAAAUUUGUCGCAUAUUUCGGUCAGCUGGUGAAAAAUUUCUGCACCAUUACAUAAAUAUGAGAACUCAAAAAAUAUCAGUCCUUUUGAGAAAGAGGUUCACAACACCAAAUUGGGUGAAGCACAAGGAACCCAGAGAAGUUCAUAUGUUUGUUGAUUUAUUUCUUCAAGAGUUGAAAGCAAUAGGAACUGAAGUGAAGCAGAUUUUACCUCAAGGGCUCCAUCAUAAACAUCGUCGAACUGACAGUAAUGGGAGCACCACUUCUUCACGCAGCAAUCCAUUACGGGAUGAUAAAUUAAGCCGGUCAAAUACCCAAAAGGCCAGGAGCCAACUUCUGGAAACCCAUCUAGCGAAAUUGUUCAAGCAAAAAAUGGAAAUUUUCACAAAAGUUGAAUAUACACAGGAAUCAGUUGUAACAACUAUAGUAAAACUUUGCCUGAAGAGUUUGCAAGAGUUUGUUAGACUCCAGACCUUUAACCGAAGUGGAUUCCAGCAAAUUCAGUUGGACAUUCAAUUCCUGAGGACUACUCUAAAGGAAACUGUUGAAGAUGAAGCUGCCGUUGAUUUCUUGCUUGAUGAGGUCAUUGUUGCUGCUGCAGAGCGUUGUCUUGAUCCAAUUCCCUUGGAGCCCUCCAUCUUGGACAAACUUAUACAAGCUAAGUUGGCAAAGACCUCGGAACAGAACCCAAUUUCUUCCUAAAGCAAAAAAGAAGUGUAAUAUAUACUUAACGAUGCAAAUUUUACCCCUAAAGAAGUUUGUUUGUUUGUCUGUUUGUUUUUUUUUUUUUUCUUUUUUUCUUUUUAUUUUUGUGUGUGGCCAAGGGAAACCCAAUAACUAUUAUGAUUUCUUGUAGUUUGAAUAUCUCUGAUACAGACCCCCUUGAUGUAUUUAAUUUUUGGUAAUAAAGUGAUGCAUAGAUAACAUAAGAGUAA